AUGUGCAGUAAUAAGAUUGAAAAAAUAAAACGCGAAAUAGCUACUGAAUUACAAAUUAGGGCUCUAGAAAUACAAUCACGCAAUAAUGUAGACAGUAAUUUAAGUCCAGAAGUACAGGAGAAUGUAGAAAACCAAAUACAAGUGCAGCCAAAUAUAAUAAAAAGAAAUGAAGACAUAGAUAAGAUAUUCAAAGCAUGCUUAGAGUACUAUAUAAAUAUUGACCCUGUUAAGAGAAAUUUUAUUCCAAGGCAAAGAUCAUCUAAAAGGUUAGCCGAAAUAGUUGACUACAUAAAUAAAAUAAUAUUACCAGAAAAUUUAGAUUCUACUAUUAGUUUUAAGUCUUUUCAAACAGUAUUGUAUUGUGCUGCAUGGACAGCUGCUAAAGCAAAUGGUGCAAAAAUUGAAAAUAAGCCAAAAGACAACAUGUCAAAAAUU